AUGAAGGGCCACGUUAUAAAUAGAUCAUUGUUGGUGGCAAUGUUCUACAUGACAUGCGAUGCAAUACAUCAUCUUAAGAAUAUCAUUAGAGUUCCCUAUUGGCAGGAAGCGUAUCAUUAUCCGGGUUUAUACACACCCGAGCUGGAUGCCUGGGUAGCCGAAGGUACUUAUGUACCACACAGGAAUUUCACUCCAGAUUUUCGUCUCGAAGAACCUUACUUUACAGUAUAUAACAAAGAUUUUUUUAGAGAAUAUUAUAGACCUUACCGGCUAUCACCACUUUUUAAACAGCAAAAAUUUUUUGAUAAAAAUGAAAAGUCGUACCUCCUUGGAUGUUACUGCUGUACAGUUUAUAGAGUGCACAAUAUACUUGGUACCUGUUCUCUUUUGACACAACGACAUAUUCUAACAACAGCCACAAGCACAGACGUUGUCUUGAGAAACUACAAACCGUUACCGAAUCUGGAACAUAUUUUAGGAAUAUGGUACGAGCACACCGCGGAUACAUAUAAUGCAAGCACCUACCAUUCUGGACCUUCACGUAUUCAUUAUCAUCCUGCGACUGAAUGGCAAUGGUUCCAUUGUAUUCAAGGCGAAUGGGCCAGAUUAGGAAUGGAUUCAGGCGGGGCGUUACACUUAAUGGAUUUAGAAAAAACCGGUCGAGAAGAUGGAUUAACCGGUAUAUGCGCUUUCUCUAUGACACUACGGUCGAAGGACAUCAUACAUUACUUUACUGUGGUGGAUACCCACCCUGUACUCGAUUUUCUAAUUGAUGCAUACAAUGGAAAAAACCAAUAUGAGUUUCUAGAUAGUAGAUUUUAUGACUCGCAGGGCGAGGCCCCUCGAUUGUACGUGCAUUAUUACAUAGCAACAUAUUAUAAUACUUGUUUUCAACCAUACCUCUAUGAACCUCCAAAUUACCGUCGUUAA